CGAUGAAUAAAAUCUCAAAAAUCCUCCGUAGACCCUAGUUGCUUCUGCCAUUCUUUCACUGCGAAAUGGCGACGUUCCCGUUGAUUCAGCGUGCUCGAAGAACAAUGCUCUCUUCUUCCUUCAACCUUCGGACGCACCUUAUCCAUGGCCAAACCCUAACUACAAAAUCUCUAAGCACCUCUGCACUUCCUCACGAGUAUCAAAGAUUCCCUUCCCAGCAACACCAACCACAGCCUCCCUCUGAUCAAUGGCAACAACAUCACCCUCAACAUUUCAACCCACAAACCCAUUACCACAACCCUGCUCCUUCCAAUCAAUUUCCUCACCCUAACCAUCAACCUCGCCAACACAAUGUUCCUCCUCCAUUUCCGGAACAUGGGCGUAGCCAUAACCAGUGGAAUCCGCAACCCCCCACACCACAAAAUCCCAACUUUCAAACACCCACUUCUCAAAAUCCCAACUUUCGCCCACCCACUACCCCCAAUCGAUGGAACAAUCAAAACCCUGCUACUACCCCCAACCAGUGGAACCCUAGGACUCAGGGGUUCCCAAACCCUAACCAAUUCCAAAACCCUAAUAACGAGUUGAACAACAACAAUCAAGCUUCUGUUCAAGGACAAGCCCCUCAUGCUCCUCCUCCUCCACCCCCUUCAAUCACUGAUUUGACACGUUUGUGCAAAGAGGGGAAAGUUAAAGAGGCAAUUGAAUUGAUGGACAAAGGGGUCAAAGCUGAUGCUAGUUGCUUUGACCUUUUGUUUGACUUGUGUGGCCAAUCCAAGUCCCUUGAGGAUGCCAAGAAGGCUCAUGACCACUUUCUGCAAUCCACUUUUAGGAGUGAUCUCAAGUUGAACAACAAGGUGAUUGAAAUGUACGGGAAUUGUAAAAGCAUGACUGAUGCACGCAGGGUGUUUGAUCAUAUGCCCAACAGGAAUAUGGAUUCUUGGCUCUUAAUGAUGCGUGGCUACUCAAAUAACACCAAUGGAGAUGAGGCCUUGCAGUUGUUUGAGCAGAUGAAUGAGCUGGGUUUGGAGAUCACUUCAGAGACUUUUAUUGAAGUGUUAUCAGCUUGUGCCAGUGCAGAGGCUGUGGAGGAUGCUUACCUACAUUUUGAGUCCAUGAAAAGCAAGUAUGGAAUUGAGCCUGGGGUGGAGCACUACAUGGGGCUUUUGGAUGUUCUUGGACAAUCUGCAUAUCUCAAGGAAGCUGAGGAGUUUAUUGACAAGUUGCCAUUCGAGCCUACGUCAACUGUAUGGGAGACUCUCAAGCAUUAUGCUCGCAUUCAUGGAGAUGUUGAUCUUGAAGACUAUGCUGAAGAGUUGAUGGUUAGUCUUGACCCAUCAAAGGCUGUUGCAAAUAAGAUCCCCACGCCACCUCCGAAGAAGUAUACUGCAAUUAGCAUGCUUGAUGGCAGGAACAGAAUUAUUGAGUAUAAGAAUCCUACUCUUUACAAGGAUGAUGAAAAGUUGAAGGCCUUGAGUGGGAUGAAAGAAGCAGGGUAUGUGCCUGAUACAAGAUAUGUUCUUCAUGACAUUGAUCAGGAAGCAAAGGAGCAAGCCUUGCUCUACCACAGUGAGCGUCUCGCAAUUGCCUACGGUCUUAUUAGUACUCCACCAAGAACUCCUCUUAGAAUCAUCAAGAACCUUCGUGUCUGUGGUGACUGUCACAAUGCCAUCAAGAUCAUGUCCAGGAUUGUAGGGAGAGAAUUGAUUGUCAGAGAUAACAAAAGGUUUCAUCAUUUCAAGGAUGGUAAAUGCUCUUGUGGUGAUUACUGGUGAAAAAUCAUUAUUUGAAAUCCUACGUUAGCAUGGAUAUAUCAUUUUCUACCCGGCAUCCGUUAUGUUGUGAAAACAACUGUUGUUCGUGGAAGCUUUAAUACUACUAGGAUAGAAAAUGAAAUAUGUAGUAUGCUCUGAUUUAGAAUGUAUUUGCUUCUUGUUCAAAUAUUCCCUUAAUUAUUCCGUCUCUCUACUACUCAGGGCUAUUACUCUAGUUCGCAUCAAAAUUUGCUCUUA